AUGGCCGCCGAAAUCCCUCACUUCGAUGACAUCUUUGGAGGCGCUGAGCGCGCCGUCGACUUUAGCCCCGUCGACAAUCUGCCAGAGCUCCCGAUGCCUGAGGAGAACGAUGACCUAGCCACCAUAGCCAAUAAGUUGGCCGCCCUCGCCGCCUUGGUUGUGGCUGGCAAGAGCGUCGCCGUCCGCACGGGCUAUUACCGUGGCAGCGCCUACACCACUCGCGAUCCCGUCGAGCUCGCCCGUGCCUCGAUGACCCCGCAAGAACUUCGGCAAUUCAACGUGUGGGAGAAGGGGGCUCGCAUGCCCGAAUUUGACUUCGCACUCAAUCGUAAGCCAAUACGCAACACCGAAGCCAACCGCAAACGAUAUGAGCGCCGCGCCCGCGCUAUGAACAAGAUAUGGAAGACGGACGUUGCAGUGGCGGAGAACGCCAUGUGGGUCUCCACCAACCUCUCGUACGCCAUCCCACUGCUCGAGCUCAGCUCCGUGGAGCUUGCCGAGAUUCAGACCGCUCACCGCGCCGUCGCCACCGCCACCACCCGCUUGAAUCAUGUCAAGGAGCAGAUGCGCCGUCUCACCACCAGCAUCAACUCGAGCUGUGAGAUUAUGCAGGCGCGCGAGCACGCCCUUAAGCGCAAGAUUAAGGGCUACAAGCCUAGACAGGGCAUCCUCAACAACAACAACGUUGUCGGAGGAUCAACGGGACGCGGGCCGACCCGUCAUAGCCGAGGGCCGGAUCCACUCCAUCAGCGCGGGGCAACUCUGCCAGAACUAGUAGCUCCGAUCCUUGCGAGCGACUCUUCUGGUCUCCCCUUCAAGAAACGAAGGAGAUGA